GGUAGAAAUACUUAGAUUCUUAAGAAAAAACAGCAAUAUCAUAGUGUGGAAAAUACUACAGUGCAAAUAGAUUAACGUCAAACUCCGGUGGAGUUGGGGUGUGUGCGGGGUCACGUGAACACACCAUCAAACGGUGAGCGCACGGUGCUGACGAGCCGUUGCUUGUGGAAACAGCUGGUGGUUUCUGUCAGCGAACACGCCGGAUUGAAAGCUGUGGCAGGAAGAAAAGUUAAAAUUAGGCUCGAAACUUCCCGAUUGCGCUUUGCCUCGAGUCUGUGCGGCUGUUCCAGCAGACGCCGGGACAUGUCCUCCUGUGGACGGCACUUUAUCAGGCGCUCGUUAAUUAACGUCCUAGCGUGUUAGCGGGAGUCCGCUGACGCUGCUAACGCCUGCUAGCUAACUUUGUUCUGCCAUAGCAACUAGCAGCAUACAGACUUUGUGUCAGCUCAGAACGAGGCGAUCCCUCCGUGUCAGCAUGACGCAUGUUCAUUACAAAUUCUCCUCUAAACUCAGCUACGACACGGUGGUUUUUGACGGCUCCUGCGUCACGCUGAGGGAGCUGAAGGGCGAGAUCAUGGGCAGAGAGAAGCUCAGAGCCAGGGACUGCGAGCUGCAGAUCACAGACGCACAGACCAAACAAGAGUACACAGAUGAUGAAGGUCUCAUCUCCAAAGGCUGCUCUGUCAUCGUCAGGAGAAUCCCCAUCAGCGGAGGCAGGUCCAGCUCAAGCAGCAAGACCUACAACAAGGAGAGUUCAUGCAUCCAGCUUCACCACAGCUUCAGAGCCACCAAAGCAAUGGAUACCCAGAGUUCUCCCAGAACCUUGCCCAUAUUCGCUAAGAUGGCGAACCUGGCUGAUGCAGAUGUGUCAGAGGAGGAUAAAAUCAAAACGAUACUUAAUCAGUCCACCUACGAUGCCUUAAAUUACAACAAGAAGUCUUCUACUGUUCUCCCAGCAAACUACACAUGUUUUCGCUGUGGAAGUAGCGGACACCACAUCAGGAACUGUCCCACCACUGGGCAGGAUAAAAAUUUCGAGGCCCCUCUGAGAAUAAAGAAGAGCACAGGCAUCCCUCGUUCCUUCAUGGUUGAGGUGAAUGAUCCCAGUGUAAAAGGAGCCAUGCUGACCAGCUGCGGACGUUACGCCAUUCCUGCCAUAGAUGCAGAGGCAUAUGCCAUUGGGAAGAAGGAGAGGCCUCCGUUCCUCCCACAGACACAGUCGAAAGCUGUGGAGGAGGAUCCUAUACCUGAUGAACUCCUCUGUCCGAUCUGUCAUGACCUGCUGAAUGACGCUGUGGUCAUACCCUGCUGUGGAAACAGCUACUGUGAUGAGUGUAUUCGCACCGCCUUGCUGGAUUCAGAGGAACAUGUCUGCCCCACGUGCAGCCAAUCAAAUGUCUCCCCUGAUACCCUGAUAGCCAAUAAAUUUCUCCGACAGGCUGUGAACAAUUUUAAGAAAGAGAGAGGCUUCAUCAAAAGUCUGAAAAGUUGUGGUACCUCCCAGUCCCAAAAUCCAACCCUGACACUGAGCCAUGAGCCCACCCCGCCUCCUUUCCCCUUGCAGCGCCAGCCUCAGAAACCUGACCGACCUGCCGGCAGCCAGGAGGACUCUCUCCUACUCCACUCAGAGGCAGCAGACACACUGCCACUGUCUGGGUCUCCUCCUGUGACAACAGGUCCCACCUCUGCUUGCAGCACACCUGGCACUUCCCUCCAGCCUGAGCACAGCCACCUGGAAUUACAUGACAAGGAGGCUGAGGAAGCGACACAAAAUGACUCAGCAGCUGCUGCUUCCCAGUCUGUACUGGUUCCAGACAAAGAGCCCACUGCUGCUCCAUUGCAGCUGAUACCAGUGGUGAAACGGCCAACGGUGGCAGAGCAGCCCCAGUCAGUCAGUGUGGAUCGACAACAGUCCUCCUUAGGUUCGGCACCAAGACACUCUGGGCCUUCAUCUGGCUGGGACAGCUCCUCUUCCUCCUCAGGUUGUCCCACUAGAGGCUGGACCAAUUCCCAGCAGUUUACUUCCUCCUCCUUUUCAUAUUCAGCUUCUGCACCACAUCUCCUUCCCUCCCCCCUUUUCCUCUCAGCUCACCAGUCUCAUAGCACUUAUUCCCCUGGAUACCCACAUACCACGCCCAGCUGGACGAUCCCAAACCCCCAGGGUGCCCCCAUCCCCUCCCUCUGCCCCCCUACCUCAACAACAUCCUUCUCUGCACUCGAAACCAGUGACUGGUACAGCCAUCAGAGAAAAGAGAAACAAAGGUCACCUCCCAGAGGAUCUGCUUGCAGGCGCUCCUCCUCCUCCAAGACCAAGACCAAGUCCAAGUCCAAGUCUUCUUGCUCCUACUCUCGCUCUUCAAGCAGGUCUGGUUCCCGUUCGCGGUCCAGAUCCCAAGGCAGAUCAAGGCCCCGCUCACCUUACUCCCAGCACAGAAAUGUCCACACCCGCUCUCAUCCCUCCCGCUCUUCUAACUCCAGUUACAAACGCUCACGUUCCCCUACAUUGUCCUCAUCAUCGUCGCCUCAAGUGGGUUACUAUUACAGGUCCAAGUCACCAUCAGACCACCGUAAAAAACACCACCACAGCCGCCAUCAAAACAGGAAGUCGGCUUCAGGCAGCUCUAGUUCCAGAAGGCGAGGAGAGCCACCAAGGAGGGAAACGGGAGGCUCAGAGGGAGGUUUAGCCAGUUGCCUGUAUGCUCAGUAUACAAACCAGCCAACCAGUCUGGAUGUGGACAGAGAGCGCUACCUGCUGUGGAAGAAGGAGUACAAAGAGUGGUGUGAGAAAUAUUUCAGCGGCUGAGC